GAUCAACUAUAAUAUAGACAUUAAUGAUCAAUAACAAUAAGUAAUAACUAAUAAGUAAUAACAUUAAAAGAAUAUUGUGAAGCGACCGCUAAUCGCUGUAUAGUGCGCCGAACAUUAUGCUGACUUGUUUAUGAGCUCGUAAAAUAGGAAAUCGUAAAAAAUAAAAAAACGAAGAACGUCGGUGUCUCUCUCUCUCUCUUUCCGUUCCGUUUUAGUAUUUAUUUCACAUUUGCAAAUUUCCCGAGACGUGUCGCAUUUCGAUCGUCGCGCCGACACUGCUAGGCACCGUACUACACGAACAUGAUUCGUGAUGGCAGAUCGCGUGCGAUCGUUGCCUUCACCUCCGAUGGGACGUAAUUCGCCGGCAUCGUUGCAGAAUUCCAGGCCGACGUUGCGAACGGGAAGAGGAAAAUAAAAUAAUAUCACAAAUAUAUAUAGUCCGACGUUGUGGUCGCUGCCAAUCGCCAUGGUCUCCGACGGAGUGGGAUUACGCGUGUGUGAGAAUGUAUCUUGAAAUGCUAAAAAUAGCCACCAUCCGCCCGCUGCAAACGCUUCUAUCCUAAUUCUUUUUCUACACGCAGACUUUUAUUUCGUUUUCCUGCGUAUAAUUUCGAUUAAAUCAUAACCACAGUAUUAUCGUCAGUCGGAGUUUUCGUACUUUUGAUUCUUUUUCUCACAGAUUUAGUUUAAAUUUUUUUUCCAAAAAUGUUUAAAUUUUUUCAUUUACAUAAUCCAUGUUCAAUUGCCGUGUGACCACAAUCACACGUCUGUUGUUGAACUAAAGUGGUUGACAAAAACGAAAACAAAUUAUUAAAUAUUGUACGCUGGGUAUAAAUGUUAUUGAACACAAAUGUGCAAAUGGUUUCAUGAAAAUUUGCAGUUGAAACACUCAAACAGAAUACCAACAACGAAACACGAUACUUGUGAACAUAUCUCAACAAGUGCUGAACAAUAUGGUUGUACCAGAAAACGGGACAAUGUGUGAUAAUAUUAUGCGUGGUAUUGAAAAAAAUGGUGGUGGUAUACAUUUGCACAAUAGAAAACAAAAAUUAAAACAAAAAUUUGAUAUACUGAAAAAACUAGGAGAAGGAUCUUGUGGAAAAGUUCAAUUAGGUAUUUGUAAAGAAACUGAACAGCUGGUUGCUAUCAAAACAAUUCGGAAGCGAAAAAUAGAGACUGAAGCAGAUUUAAUACGAAUAAGGCGAGAAAUACAAAUUAUGUCUUCUGUAAAACAUCCUAAUAUUAUUCAUAUUUAUGAAGUAUUUGAAAAUCGAGAAAAAAUUGUCUUGGUAAUGGAAUAUGCGGCUGGAGGUGAACUUUAUGAUUAUCUCAGUGAGAAAAAAGUUCUUACUGAAGAAGAAGCUAGAAGAAUAUUUCGACAAGUGGCUAUUGCUAUUUUUUAUUGUCAUAAGCAUAAUAUUUGUCAUCGUGAUCUCAAAUUGGAAAACAUAUUAUUGGAUGAACAAGGAAAUGCAAAGAUUGCUGAUUUUGGUUUGUCAAAUGUUUUUAAUCAAAAAGCACUAUUGUCAACAUAUUGUGGUAGUCCAUUGUAUGCAUCUCCAGAAAUUGUUACUGGUACUCCUUACCGUGGGCCUGAAGUAGAUUGCUGGUCUCUUGGUGUUUUAUUAUACACUUUAGUGUAUGGCACAAUGCCAUUUGAUGGAUCAAAUUUCAAACGCCUGGUUAGACAAAUUUCUCAGGGUGAAUAUUAUGAACCAAAAAAACCAUCAAGAGCUUCUCCUUUAAUUGGUAGUAUGAUGACAGUAAAUCCUAAUGCACGUGCUGAUAUCCAUAAAAUAUGUUCACAUCAGUGGUUAAAUGAAGGUUUUUCUGAUGGAAAUCAAUGUUUACGCAUAGCAGAAGAAAUGGCUUCUUCGACUCCAGUUAGAUUAGACUUGUUACUAUCUUUAGCACCUACCCCCAAGGAAGCUAACAAUAAUUUAGGUAUACCACCUUCUCAAAGUAAUGUUGAAAAUGAUGUACGAUCUGAGACUGGACCUGUAAGGUCACAAAGUUUAGGAAGUAUAUCUCCAUCCCGCGCUACUGUAGUAAUACCCGAGUUACCUGUGGAGAAAAAACCUAAAAAGCUUAAAAAAAGAGAUCGUUCAAUGAGUCGCUCUAAAAAAUCUAGUCAGUCUGAUACGGGUGAAAAUGAUCUCGAAACUCCAACUUCUAAAGAAUCAUCUAAAUCUAUUAAAAAUAAUUCAAAAAGUGAUCUACCACAGUCUCCAUUACAGUCUUCUACUAACAGUGAAUCUGAUGUAGUAAAACCUGUCGAACGGGCCCGACGACGAUCUAGUAGAGUUUUAGAAGCUGUAGAAAAAUUAGAUCAAAUUGAAUCUAUGGCAAAAAAUAAUUUUGAUCAAAAGAGGAGAAGUUCUCUUGGUAGUGGUUCAUCAAAUAGUUCCAAAAAGAGUAUAGAAUCUGUUGGGUCUACUACUCGAGAAUCAACAAAAGAACCACAAUUCAGUUUAGAGUCUACAGUUUGUUUAAAUAAAUUAGCUGAGUCAGCAUUAAAUAAUGAACCAAUUUGUGGAGAAGCACAGUCAAAUAAGAGUGAUUUUAAAAACCUUCCUGAUGAUUUAAGAAAAAGCUUAAAUGCUAUCAGGAUAAUUGGAGAUUCUAUUUCUGACAGCAAUACAAGUAAAGUUAUUGAACCUAAGAGAAAAACUUCAAGAGCUGAGAUAAAAUUAGCCAAGCCCGAGUUACCAAUUAGUGGCGUCAUAAAUAAUUCUAAACUUCAAGAUAAUGAUCCAAUAGAUGCAAAUUACAAAACUGAAGUGAAGCAUUUUGUUCAAGUGCCUAAACCAACUAGACGUAUCACUGAAGUAUCUUUUCCAGUUGCUGGAACUACUCCAACUGCAGCUGCACCAUUACCACCAAGACCUGUUUUGAGACAAAACAGUCAACUUCGUGAACACAUCAUACCUAUACGAUUUGAAGUAGAAGAUAAACCAAAAUCAAAACCAGUUCAAAGAGUUUCAUCUGUUACAAGUCCCAAGACCAGUUGCAGUAACUUGUCAAGACAAAGCACAGUAGAUACAGAUAGUAAUAGCAGUAUUGUAAGCUUAGGAGAGCCAAUAAGAAAAUCUCCUCGUGAAGUUAUCAUACCUAUUGCGGUUGAAGGUGGAGGUUUUGUUACACCUAGUAAUAGUGCACUUUCUAGAACAAAUUCAAAUAGCGAUAAGGGUGAUGAUGAUAAUAGUACUGUUGGUGGUCAGCCUAGAUGUUUCACACUCCGUAGUACACGCAGGCAAAGACCAUCUAUAAGAAAUUUACAAUCGACUGAAAGUAUAAGUUCUGAUGAAGAAGAUGACAGUUUUGAAAUUUUAACUGCUGAGAAUUUAUUCUCUACAUUAUUAUCCAGAGUACGUGAUUUAACAAAUAGAUUGAGUAGUGAUGAAGGAAGAACAUCUGACUUCCCAAGAUCAUUUUUCAAUCACCAUCGUUCUAUAUUUGACCACCAAACACCAAUUCGUCGUUUAACUGAAACUCGUUCAUUUAAUCGAUCUGACAGUGCUCCAUGGAGAAGAAGUUUUGUUUCUACCACUCAAGAUCGUCCAUCUAAUGCUUCUAAUACAGAACUACUUAAAAAUGCUGAUCAAACAACUAAUAUUCAAAAACCACCGGUAUACAAGUACAUUCUGCCACGUGUUCAGGAAACCACAACUAAUAAUGAACACUUAAAUUAUCGUGACAACAUCAUUGCAACAAAACUACCAAUGUCAUCACCUCCAAAACAGAUAACCCAGCCAUCUGUAUACAACAUGCACUCCAACCCUAUUAAGGAACGUCAGUCUCGUGUGGAUCAAAUUUUGGAAAAAUAUCGUCGCCAACCAUCUAACUCUUGUUCCAGAAAAUUUUCAAGAUCGUUUAGCUGCAACACUUCUACUGAGACUGCACCGUCGACUGAAAAUAAACUUUUGGUUCAAACAACAAUGAUAGCAGAUUCUGGUAAAAAAGAAGAGAAUACAAAAAAUUCAGGGCCUCGUAGUGUUAGUCCAUAUGCACUUUUUGAUCAUUCAGAUGUUACCUCUGCCACAGCUACUGCUACCCACAAAGACUGCACCAAAGCCAAUGCUGAUAAUAGCUUUUUGUCUAAAUCGUAUUCAAUGAGAAGUUUGAAUGAACAUAGAACUCGGACUUUGGGUAGGACAUCAUCAUCUGUUGAUCAGAGAUCGGUGCCAAAACUUAACAAUUCAAGUAUCAAUAACGAUGAAGACCCACCUUCGUCGUCAUCGUCAUCUUCUACCACCACUACUGCUACCACUUCUUCCAAGAGUUUGGUCUCAAAAGAAGACUAUAACCAUUAUUAUCAUAAUGGUUCUCUGGCUUUACUGGACUGGACAGUUGGAAAUUGUAGUGAAGAAACAGUCAGUGAUCGAAUCAAGCGUCGCAGUUACUAUGUUAAACUUAAAUAAUUUUAUUUUAAAUUCAAGCUUUCAUAAUGAAAUGUUAUUGACUAUUGUAUUGGUUACCAGUAUAUGUUUAGAGUUUUUCUGAUUUAUAUUCACCUAAUAUAUAAACAUACAUAAAAUAUAUCUAGUCAAAUCAAACUCCAAGGAAAUCCAGAAUAACAAUUAUUAUAUACAAGUUGAUUAGUUAUUUAUUUAU